CAUCAACCUGGACCAUCACCUUCAGUCCAGCAGAAAUAACAGCAGAGAAGGGACUAUGUGCUGUUAUUUCAUGUACUUUCACUCACCCUGAUGACAUCAAGCCUACCACUGCAAUAUGGUUCAAGUGCCCUACAAAUGGCAGAUGUGAUAAGGAUGAAAACAUAAUUUUCCACUCUGAAACUCCCCAUAAAGCUCAGGAGGAUUUUAAACAGAGAGUGUCUCUACUAGAGGCUGAUCUGACAAAGAAGAACUGUAGUGUGAUCAUCAACGACAUCAGAGAGAAUGAUGCUGGAGAGUAUCAAUUCAGAACGUUAGGAGGAUCAUUUACAAACCCACAGAAAAUGAAAAUCACAGUGACAGCUCUGACCCAGAAGCCCUCAGUGUUGACUCCUCCUCUGACAGAGGGAGAACCAGCUACUCUGACCUGCACCGCCCCGGGGAUCUGCUCUGGAACUCCUCCUAACAUCACAUGGACAUGGAGAGGAACUGGAGACAACAUCACUGAGCUCAGAGACAACACCACCAUACAGAUUAGAGAGGACCUGACCAAUGUGACAACAACCCACUUCUCAACGUUGACCUUUACCCCCUCAGCUGAACACCACAACAUGAUGGUUACGUGUCAAGUAACCUUCCAGAAACAAUAUCAAAUUGAAGAGACAGUAACUUUGAAUGUGACAUAUGUGAAAGACCCUGAAAUAACUGGAAAUGAAAUGGUGAAGGAGGAUGGUACCCUGGAUCUGACCUGCAGUGUUAACAGUUACCCUCCAUCUGACAUCACUUGGAGUAAGAACGGGACAAGUGCCCCACUUCAGAAUUACAGGGAAAAUGCUGCUCUCACCAUCUCCAAUACCUUCCUGUGA